UUCCUUGUCCUCUACGGGGAUUACAACCUGGAUUUUCACUUGGUGUGUGUCGACAUGUCGUAGAUUCCUACCAUUUCGGAUUCUUCUGCAUUAAACUCAUGGUCACAAAAAAUCCUACCAAAUCAUUUCAGUACCACCCAAAUAUUCAGAUCCUCAAAAAUCUUCAACAGAGGGAUAAGAAGUCGAUGACGCUGUGACAGAGCCAUUCAAGGAGGGGAAUUUCGGUUUCAAAAACCCUGUUUCUCUCUUCCCAGAAAAGAUAAUGCUGCAGAAACUGUGCUUGAUGACUUCUCAUGGUUGCCCUCCUGGGCUUGCUUUGCAGCAAGAACUUGCCAUGAUGGGCAGCAUCAUGAAGGCUUGUCAAUGUCAACCACUAUUGCCUUCUCCUUUACCAAAGCCAGAGAUUUUGAGAUAUCAGUCUCCUAGUCUUAGGCUAAAUCCAUAUGAGACAAGGAUGAUGCAAGAUGAGUGGUUUAGCUGGAAUCCGUUUGUUAAUCUUGACAUGUCAACUCUGAGGCCUGUGUUUCCUGUUAUCCAAGAAACCUUUCCAAGAACAGUACUUUUCAGCCUUGGCGUCGUUAAACAAUUCAAUGAGCAUGAUCAAUUUUUGCAGUCUAUCACAUCUGACACUGCUGAAGCAGGGCUAGGAGGAGCACAUAUAGAUUUGUUGUCUAACCUGAUGGAUUUGCAAUUGUCAGGCAUUGAUGAACGUCAACAACUAUUUCCAUCUCUUGUCUACCCAAAUAGCAAAUUGUACAUCUCAAAGCCUUUGCUAGAUAUUUUUCAAAGUUCUGCCUUUAGUUCAAAGAUUACCGUUCAUCCAGAUGGUCAAGUCACAUUCAUGGGUACAACAAUUGAGAUGAAAAAUCUACUUUCUUUAGUUGCUGAGUCCUAUUCAUCAGAAUGCACGAUGCAUAUGGGUGAAAAACGGUCUAUGGUUAUUCCAUACUUCACUAGGCUAAAGAUCAAGAAAGUAGAGGCCAGAAGUCUUUCCUCGACAUUGGAUAUUAAUUCUACAUUGGCUGUUCCUUUAAGGAGUCCUCAGAAGGUCAAAGUCAAGCAGUCACAAAAGAAGAACAAUAAAGUAGCCAGGGAGAGGGAUCUCUACAAGAAGAACUACGUACAUGCAUGUGAGAGCCUUCUGUUCUUGAUGGUUGACAAGAGGCAAAAUCGGAAAACAGCAAUUCUCUCACUGAAGAAAUCUGGUCCCGAGCUUCCUGACCUCCUCACGCAAUUUUCUGCCGGCAUUGCCGGUACCGGCCUUGCUGUCCUGCUAACUGUGGUCUGUAAGCUAGCUACCGGAAGGGUUCCCUUUUGCACGUCUAAGCUCUUCAGCACAGGGUUUGGGUUUGGGCUGGUUUGGCUUUCUUGGGCAGUAAACAAGCUAAGGGAUACAAUUGUAAACAUAAGCAAGAAUGCUGGGAAGAUAGGACUGAAAGAUGAAGAAAUGAUUCAAAAGGUGGAUAACAACAUAAGAGAAGUUUACUUCAGAGCCGCAGCAUUGCUUGCAGUGGCAGUGCUAAGGCUUGCUUGAGUGGUACUGUCUCUGAAGAUUUGAUCAUGCACAGUUCGAAAAACUGAAAGUGCCAUAGGCCUAAAGCUGAUCCGCGAUGCAAGAACUGUUAUAUCUUAUUUGUUGGUGAAGUGAUAGCAAAGCAGAGUAAUCUCGGUUUCAUAGCAGUUGAACCUUUACUUGAUCUUCUGAAGCACAAGAUUGUGGACGUUUUGCCUUGAUCAUCACUACGGUAUGGUUAUCGUGUAGUUUCAAUUAUCCAAGCAAGUAACAUAAUAAUUUUCUCAGUGUUUUUGUGGUAAGAUAAAUUGUAAAGUGUAAUAUAAAAUUUUGCAAUGGAAUGAACUGACCGAUUUGGUGAAA